UUCCCCACCAAAUGUGUUUGGCUUCAGGCAGGCAGCCAUCCCUGCUGCUGACGAUGACUCAGAAACAGACUUCUCUGGGCAGGACCUGGAAGGGCUUGUCUGCUCAGUGGUGAGCUACCACUGGGUUUUCCUUCGCUGGGCUGGGCGGUGAAGGACGUGGGGCUCGGUCUGUGCACAAGGACUGGGAAAGCGCUCCGGCCACUGGGUGACUGAAGCUCGGGUCUGGUGCCCUGAGAGAUCUUCGUUCGGGCUUCCUGGGCGCGACCUCUGCCGGAGGAUUUUUAUGUGAAUUGGAAGAAAACGGAGCCAGCCUAAGGACACUUGGAGGAGAGUUGAAGCAAGCGGGGGCUCUCCGGGCGGCGCCGAAGUCAGCACCAUGGGCAUCCUCUAUUCCGAGCCCAUCUGCCAAGCAGCCUAUCAGAAUGACUUUGCUGAAGUCUGGAGGUGGGUGAAGGAAGAUAACAGUUAUGUCAAUGUUCAGGAUAGCUUCAAUGGAGACACUCCCCUCAUCUGCGCUUGCAGACGGGGACACCUGAAGAUAGCUGCCUUCCUUUUACGCAGAAAUGCCAACGUGAAUGCCAAGAAUCAGAAAGAGAGAGCCAGCCUACAUUACGCGGUGAGGAAACGGUUCACCUUCCUGGACUACCUGCUCAUCAUUCUCUUGAUGCCGGUGCUCCUGAUUGGCUAUUUCCUGAUGGUAUCAAAGACGAAACAGAAUGAGAAUCUCGUCAGGAUGUUACUCCGCGCCGGCGCAGAUGUUAAUGCCACAGACUAUGCUGGCUGCACGGCUCUUCAUUAUGCAUGUAAAAUGAAAAACCAAAGCAUCAUCCCCUUACUUCUAGAUGCCCAUGCAGACCCCACCAUAAAGAAUAAGCAUGGUGAGACUGCUUUGGACAUCGUGCAGAGAUUGAAAUUUCCUCAGAUUGAAGCCAUGUUACGGAAAGCAUCCUAACCCUCCUGACAUCAUAGACAGAGCACCGGACCAAGGUCAAAGAUUCUGGCUGGAUCCCUGUGUUUGUCUCUGGUUCCACCAUCUCAUGACAGACCAGGUCCUCCAUGUCUGUGCCUCAGUUUCCCCAUCUGUAAAAAGGAGAUUUUUAGUUGCCAGGGAUGAUGAAAAUAAUGUGUAUGGUAUUUGUACCAAUGUUUCACCCUGAAGGAUUUGCAGUGACCAUCCUCCUUCUAAGACUAAUGUCCGUCUUGGCCAAGGCCCCAUUUUACCUAAUGAAGUUUGUUUCUCAGAUUUACUCACUCAGGUUUUCUAAAUGGAGCAGAUGAAAUGAAUGAGGCUGGUGUCUGUUUUCCCUUAUUCCACAUGCCCAGCCUGCCUUGUGUUCAGUCAGUCACAACAAGUCCUCAGUGAUGCCCUUUGAGCCACUCCAGUCCUGCCAUCCUCUGAUGGCAAUGUCUCACAGUGAUUCCCACCUAUUGAUGCCUUCUGGAUCACCCACAAGUUGGAUUCAUCAGAGCUCUUGGGCCCCUGACUCAAAGCCACAGAAUGUUACCAGGAGAACAAGGGGUCUUCCAAAGAGGUUGUCUGUGGCAGGGGCAGCUUGGGGUCUUUGAAAAGCGCUGAGCCUUUCCUCUACAGCUUACAAAUCUAUGUCUUCCUGAGAUCUUAUCUUUCAAAAGUUUCAUACAAGAGAGAGAUUAAGACUGUUGGACAGCCACCAGCCUUGGUGGUAGCUUCCUCUUGUCUUUUGUUUAUUUGGGGGGUUUUUUGUUUGUUUGUUUGUUUGUUUUUUGGUUUG